AUGGGCAGCCAGCUCGACUGCUGCCCCUUUUCACCCGUGGCGACCUCCCAGGGCGUUUAUACCGGGCCGGAUAAGGCCAGGGACGCCGUGGUGAAGAGCUGCCCUACAAACUACUACGCAGCGGCCGGCCAUUGCUGCCCAAGUAUUCUGUCCACGGUCAUAACAACAAUAGUGCCCCCCUCGGUGGCCACCACCGGCGGAUCACUCACAGCCGGCAGGAGAGACCACAUCCCUAGAUCUGACAAACCCAUUGUCACGGUCAGCGCCACCGUCUUUGCCAUGCAGUAUGCCAUAGGCAGCGAGACCACCGGCGUGUCACCCGGAGAGAUCGCCGGCGCGGUCAUCGGCGUUGCUGUGAUUGGUGGCAUUCUGCUCGGAUUAUAUCUGGCCUCCGGCAGACGGCGCGAGAUCAAGGAUGGGCUCAACAGUCCUGAGCAGCAGACCAUGAACAACAAUGGCCAAGCGGAUGUGGAUAUCUCCCCGGGAUCCCUGGAAGCGGGCUAUGAGGACGGGUAUGUGGAAGAAGAGCGACAGUGCUGGGUCGCCAUACUUCCCAGGCGGUGGAGGAAUCGGCGGAAGGAGCAUGAAGAGCCUCCUCCCCCCGAGCCGAAGAUAUCGCCAGAGCCGUCGUCCCCCGCAGCGGUGGGUAACGGGAGCCAGGAACGUGGUCAUCUAUAUCAACCACCACCACCACCACCACCACCACCACGGGAUCGCUCACCGCAUCUCCAGCCGCCACCUCGAUCCCAGCGCCGCG